AUGGACUCUCCUCUCUCAGGCUGUGGGGUUGGUGCUAGCCGGGCUGACGGCCCCUUCUCCUGGCGCCCCCCCCCCCAGUACUACCACUCGGUGCGGAUCUUCGCGGGCCAGGAGCCCACCUGCGUCUGGGUGGGCUGGGUCACCCCCGACUACCAUCAGCACGACAUGACCUUCGACCUGAGCAAGGUGCGCACCGUCACCGUCACCAUGGGCGACGACCAGGGCCACAUCCACGACAGCAUCAAGCGCAGCAAUUGCUACCUGGUGUGGGGCGGGGAGUUCGUGAGCAGCGGGCAGCAGACCCGGGUCAGCACCGUAGACCUGGUGCUCGGCUGCCUGGUCGACCUGGCCACGGGGCUCAUGACCUUCACGGCCAACGGCAAGGAGAUCAACGCCUUCUACCAGGUGGAGCCGAACACCAAACUCUUCCCGGCCGUCUUCGUCCUUCCCACGAGCCAGAAUGUCAUCCAGUUCGAGCUGGGCAAGAUGAAG